AUGAUGAAAAAUGCCGAGAAACGAGUAGUAUCUCGGUCACCAGCCAGAGUUUUCCUGCUUCUGACAAUCAUUGGUGUACUGGUGGUUUUAAGCAACUGGCGGUAUAAGGUCUUCGACGGGCUGACAAUGUAUAGCUUGAACGUACUGUCAAGCGUACCGGCGAAGACAGGCAUAACGCUUAUCAUUCCAGCCCUUGCGUACGACUUCAACAGAUUCGGUAAUGAUUUCCUACGCAGCAUGGAAAGUCUCACAGUGGUUCCCGAUGAGAUGUUCGUUGUGGUAUCGAAUACAUCAUCUACGCUCGUGAAUAUGACGGUAUACAACGAUUUGAAGUCACAAUUUAUUGACUUUCAAAACAAGCAUGGCAUAGUGGGUCACUUUAUCGAAUAUCCCGAUCCUAUGAAACAGGCGGUCAAGAAAAACCUCGCCAGUGCAUGCGCAACUACCGAAUGGCUCUCGGUCUUUGACAUUGAUGAUAUUCUUCAUCCUCAACGGUUCGAGAUGCUCUCCUCAUUAUUUAAGCAACAGCCACAUAUAGAAGUAGUUCUGACCACCUUUGAAGGUGCAACGACAAAAGAAAUCGGAGAAAAGCUGGAAAAGCUAUCUCACUAUGAUUCCAAUGAGAUCGCCGACUUGGCCUAUGACCCGGACUCCCUUCGCGAACAGUUUGAAGCUAGAUUAGAUUGGCUCAAACUCCCAUACACUUGGUGCUGUGUAUUCAUAAAUGAGUUCAUAAGCAAUGGGUGGCUUACUAUCAAGAGAGAUUUGUGGUUAAAAUACCAACAACGCGGCGAUCUUGAUAUUGGCGAGGAUAUUGAAAUGAUCACCAGAUUGAUCACUACAGGGGUGAAUACAACAGUUCUUGAGAUGAAUUUGGGUAUCUACAGGUACAAGACAAAAGUUGAGGGGAAGAAACUG